AUGAAGGCUAGGUGUAAGUACUGUCGUAAAUUCCUUGGUGGGGAAACAAGUAAUGGAACUUCACACCUAAGAACCCAUAUCAAAACAUGUAUCCAAAAGAGGAUACAUGAUGGUUCUCAAAAAAUACUUGGGCCUAACUAUAAACCUGCUGGAAAUCCUCAACUCUCUGCUUCUCAGUAA